AUGGAAGCUAAGGUGAUAAAUGAUGUUAAAGCAAUGAUACAAGAUACUAAUGAAGAUGAGAUCCUAUCAUCAUCACGAAAAUGUUGUAUCUACAGGGUGCCCCUUACCAUGCGUGACCCAAAUAAUGAAGAUGCUUAUUAUUAUACCCCAAAGGUUGUUUCCAUUGGUCCCUUUCAUUACGGCAACGAGAAGCUAAGAGGCAUGGAGAAGAACAAACGAAUGUUCUUCAAAAGGUUCGUGGACCAAUCUGAGACAGGCAAAGAUUUAGUCAGGUUUGUCAUGCGCUGGGAGUCACUGGUUCGGGCGUCUUACUCUGAUGAGAUCAAUCUGGACGUGACGGAAUUUGUGACGUUGAUAUUAGCGGAUGCUGCUUUCAUCAUUGAACUCUUCAUGAUUGAGAAUGUCAUCAGAGAUAAGAAGGCUCGCCAAGAUGAUAAAAGAAAAGCACGAGCGUUGUUGGAGCAUUGGUGGCUGGAAGCUGCUACUAAGCAUUUGAUUUUACUUGAGAAUCAACUUCCGUUCUUUAUUAUUGAAGGGCUAUACAAGGCAGUUUUUCCCUCUGCCCCAUCAGAAAGAAAUAGCAACAAUAUGAUCCCUUUAUUUCGCGAGAUCACAUUUGCCUUCUUUUGGUCAAAGAAGUUCCACGUGGAACUGACUUUGGUAAGUGCCACCGAGUUGCAAGCAGCAGGAGUAAAGUUGAAGGCAAAAAAAGGCAAGAGCUUACUUGAAUUGAACUUUUCAAGGCCUUGUUUUGAGAUCCCAGAGAUUUUCUCGGAAGACAGAACUGAGAUUUUCUUUCGUAAUAUGAUAGCUUUAGAGCAAUGCCAUUAUCCGUUCAAAUCUUACAUUACGGAGUAUGCUUUUAUAUUGGCUUGCCUAAUCAAUGAGCAUCAAGAUGUGGAUCUAAUCACUUAUAAGAAAAUCAUUCACAACUUUCUAGGCAAUGCCAAUGAUGUUGCUAAUUUAUUUAAUGGUCUCCGUGAAAAUAUCAUGGGGGAGCACAUAAUAAGUACCCAUUACCAUGAGAUUUGCCAACGGUUGAAUCGCUACUGCAAAUGUGCUUGGAACAAGAGGUGCGCACAUUUGAAACGUGAUUAUUGCAAGACGCCUUGGCAUGCUAUGGCUUCUGCUGCUGCUAUUGUGGUCAUACUUCUCAACCUUAUUCAAACCAUAUUGGCUUUCCUCCAAAUUUGA